CAGACACCUCGGCAGCCGCGGCGGCGGGGCCGCGGCCGGCGCCAGCUCGGCCCGCCCCCUUCUCCGCCCCUCCCAGAGCCUCCGCGGGUCCCGCUGCUGUCAGCUCCCUCAGCGUCCGGCCGAGGUGCGGUGUAUGCUGAACCGCUGCGGCUGCCGGCUGCUGCACGUCCUGGGCUUUAGUUUCCCUCUGCUGUCUAGCCGGCCGCUUUUCCUCUGCUCUCACCGCUUCAUGAAACCGCUGGUCGUGUUUGUCCUCGGCGGUCCUGGCGCCGGCAAGGGGACUCAGUGCGCCCGCAUCGUCGAGAAAUAUGGCUACACACAUCUUUCUGCAGGAGAACUUCUUCGUGAUGAGAGGAAGAACCCAGAUUCACAGUGUGGUGAACUCAUUGACAAGUACAUUAAAGAUGGAAAGAUUGUGCCAGUUGAGAUAACUAUCAGCUUGUUAAAGAGGGAAAUGGAUCAGACAAUGGCUGUUAGUGCUCAGAAGAAUAAGUUCUUGAUUGAUGGGUUUCCAAGAAAUCAAGAUAACCUGCAAGGCUGGAACAAGACCAUGGAUGGGAAGGCAGAUGUAUCUUUUGUUCUGUUUUUUGACUGCAAUAAUGAGAUCUGUAUUGAACGAUGUCUUGAGAGGGGAAAGAGUAGUGGUAGGACUGAUGACAACAGAGAGAGCUUGGAGAAGAGAAUUCAGACCUACCUUCAGUCAACAAAGCCAAUUAUUGACUUAUAUGAAGAAAUGGGGAAAGUCAAGAAAAUUGAUGCUUCUAAAUCUGUCGAUGAAGUUUUUGAUGAAGUUGUGAAGAUUUUUGACAAAGAAGGUUAACUCUAAACCUGAAAGCAUCUUUGUGAUCAUGCUUGAAUAUUGCUUUGAUAGCUGCUACCACAACCCCUUUUUAAAGGCAGUUUUAAUAUAUCAUAAUUACAUCUCAGUUAAUGGCUAGAAAACAUGUAGUAAGACAAAUUUUUUAUCUUCCAUUUGUUUUGGUCACAGGACUAGACAGUGAAUUUGGGUCUAACUUCAUCUUAGCUAUGGUGCUCACAAAACAAAGAAGGGUGUCAGCUAGUUCUUUGUUUUUAUUCAAAAGGAAUAUCCCUUUUAUAGUUUGUGCCUUCUGUGAGCAAAACUUUUUAGUAUGUGUGUAUAUCCCUUUAGUAAUUAUAACAUGUUAGGAUUAGGGAUUCCCCACUUCCUCUAUUUCUUGUAGGUUUUAUUUUCCAACCUAUUUAAGUGAAUUUGUGGACCAAAUUCCAAAAGAACUAUUUGUAUAAACAGUUCUUACAAAAUGUGUUUGGUAAACAAACUUGUAAAAUGAAGUCCUAGAAGUGUUUUAAUAUUUAUCAAAUAACUGACCAUUUCCAUAGAAAAGUAAGAAAACUUAGGCUUUGUUUUACUGCAACUUGUACAAAGUUGUGUGACAGGGCAUAUUUGCUUCCAGGUUUUGGGAGGGGGACUUUGGGGGUUCAGAGCCUGACAGAACUGUCAGCUUUAUUCUGAUAUAAAUCUGAGAGUAAGGGGCAAGGUUCACAUCUAAUGACAUGUGAUCCUUAUGCUCUGUUAUGUAGUGUUAUUAAUGAUUAAACUGAUCUUAACAAAAUUCCUAGCAGGAACCUUGAUAUGCAUGUACUAGAUUUAUGGUAAAAUGAUUCGGUUAGCAUUUUAGUAACAUUUCAAAAGGUUUUUGUUUGUUUUUUAGACUAAAUAUAGGGUUAGUGUAAAGUAAGGAAAUCUAGUGGUUAAAUUCCCCAUUUGUAUUUUAUUUUCUUGAAUAAUUUUUUUCAUAGUUAUUUGUUUAAGAAGAUUUAAAAAUCAUUGCACUUUGGUCAGAAAAAUAAUAAAUAUAUCUUAUAAAUGUU